AUGGGAUUCUGGGCCAUUGAAGGUUUAGGUUCUAAUAGGGAUUUGAUUAUUAAGCUUGUACUUAAAUAUCAUGUUGGAGCUCACAACGUCUUCAAGGUGAAUGGAACUGGGUUCCAGAACUGCAUUAAGCCAAAGGUAGGUGAGGCACUAAGUACCGGAAACGACACAGUCGUUUUGGCAGCUCCAGGAAGAAAAUGGUAUGUUUGUGGAGUAGGCAAGCAUUGUGAAAAUGGCAUGAAACUUGUUAUAAAUGUGUUCCCACUUCCAGAACAAGCUCCCAAGCUCAGCCCACCUGCUCCACUCACUUACGGCUAAGAAGUCAUAGUCGGAGAUGAUGCAGGAUGGAGACUAGGAUUCGAUUACCAAGCUUGGGCCAAGGGCAAGCACUUCCGAGUGGGAGACAAGCUUGUUUUUCAGUAUUACCCUGGGGACCACAAUGUGUUUAAGGUGAAUGGAACUGGCUUCCAGAACUGCAUUAGGCCACCGCCAACUGAGGCGUUAACAACCGGAAAUGAUACGAUAGUUUUGGCAACUCCGGGAAGAAAAUGGUACAUUUGCGGAGUAGCACAACACUGUGAGAAAGGGAUGAAACUUUUCUUAACUGUGCUACCACCUGCAACUCGUUAAGCAAUCUAUACUCCUGAGGGUGUCCGAGUCUGACGUUAUUGUCUUCCUUAUGUUUUAUUAGUAUGUUUUCUUCAAGCAGCGUGGAUGAAUGAAGCUUAUGAAUCUCUGUAACUAGCUUUUAUCGGAUAUGUCCUAAAGAAUUUGGAGUGGUUGAAUGCCUUUCAAUUGAACACUUGUUAUUUACAAUAUAAGUUCAUAAUACUCCUUUUUCUUAAAAAAGGAGAAAUCUAUACACAUGUAUGAAGCUAAGAUUAUGGCUAAAACUAUGGCUAA